AUGGCUUCGCGAACAAUUCACCUCGUGUUUGCAGCAGCAACAGGGUGGUUAAUCGUAUUAUACUUUGUCUUCUGGACUGACUCUUCAACUCUGGAUGGAAAGAGUAUGCGGACGACUUUUGGCAUGGCCAAGGAUAGACUCUGGCGGAUUCACCCCGCUAUUGUAAGGACUGAGGAGGCAUGGUGGCAGGAUUCAACAUCGCAAAAUAUGUUUGAAGAAUCCAAUGCGACGUCAUCAGUGGAACCACAGGCCAAUGUUAAGUCUGCAUCAAUGAAAUAUAAAGAUUCACAGCAAUCUGUCCCGAAGGCCUCCAAAUAUACCAACAAGAAUACGGAAUCGAGGCAUAUAUUCCCCGACGAAUUGGACACCGCCCUCGACAACCUCUUCUCUAUAAUUCCCAAUGAAAUGUACCUCCGAGAGCUUCUACGGCCCGUGAUAGGCACGGGUGCGGAAAAGCUGCGUGAACUCGGUCUACGCACGCGCGCAUACAAACAAUUCUUCGAAGCCUGGGAGAAACUCCACCUCGUCACCGAAGACAAUGAUAAUACUUACGUUCGAGACGAUCUCGUCCCCUACAUGCGUGCCAAAUUUAGCGAGCAAACCUUCCCUGAGGCGCUCCACAAAUACGAAACCUAUCGCCACUUCCUAGCCAAACUCUCCGCGCUGUUGUUUCCGUGGACGAGCCCAUACUUCGGAGAUCAUAUAAGUCUGCACGCAUCCUUGCACCAUGGAGGUCGUGGCAUCGUGUUUACAGCGGGCGACAACCACGCGGCUUUCCUCCUCACUGCCAUCCCCUCCCUCCGCAUCCUUGGUUGCGAGCUGCCCGUUGAAAUCAUGUAUCUCGGCGACAGCGACUUGGGCGAAGACUUCCGAGCCGAGCUAGAAGCACUCCCCGGCGUGGUAACGCGUGACCUCUCCGCCAUGGUUAGCGAUGAGGGCUGGCGGCUCACCGGAUGGGCCGGUAAGCCGUUUUCUAUCCUCUUCUCGUCUUUCCGCGAGGUCAUCUUCAUCGACGCCGAUUCACUGUUCUUCGUCAAUCCCGAAGUGCUCUUCAAUGACGAGGACUACGUGCGCACGGGCGCCCUUUUUUUUAAAGACAGAAUGAUCAUGCCUGAGAGCAAGAAACGGUGGCUGCAGCAGAUCUUGCCAAAGCCGAUUUCGAAACUGGUGCGGCAGAGCAGGAUGUGGACUGGGGAGAGCGGGCAUAUGCAAGAGUCCGGUGUUGUAGUUGUGGACAAGUGGAUACACUUUGUUGCCUUAUUACUGGUAAGUAGAAUGAAUGGGCCCGAUAGAGAUGGGGAUAUGAUGGCGGGCAUUGUGGGGACCUAUAAUAUGGUCUACGGCGACAAAGAAACCUUCUGGAUUGGCUGGGAGCUCUCCGGUGACACCUCCUAUGCUUUCCACCCCGGUGCAGCCGGCAUAAUGGGCGUAGUUCAAGACCCCGACAUCUUCAACCCAACCAACGAACAGCCCGCCUCGAACCUCGACCGGGGCCUCGCUGCUACCGCCACGAAAAGAAACCGCAAAAUGGCACCUGGCCAUGAAUCUGACCUCACCAUCUGCGCCCCCCCAACUCCUCCAUCUGGACCGCGACAAGCGCCCUUUGUGGUUCAAUGGAUGGCUGUACAAAAACAAGUAUGCGAGGACCAAACGGACGAUCGGAGAAUUCGACGUGUUUAUGGAGGAGCCGAAGGAAGUGUUGGAUCCAGGAGCGUGGCAAUUAAAGAAGAACAAUAUGUGUUGCUUGUCAAAUGCGGCGACACGGGAGUUUACGAAGGAGGAGACGGAAUGGCUGGGGGAGUUGAUUAA